AGAUGUGUGCGAAGGUCGUAUUAAUCGUCUGAAGUUUCGUUGUGACAGAAAAUCAGAAGACCAUGGUGGUGUUUUCCUUGACACUAGUCCGACAUGGAGAGACACUUUAUAACAGAAAAAAGAUUUUGCAAGGUCAGACAGAUGUGCCAUUAUCACAAGUUGGUAUCCAGCAAGCCAAGAUGGCGGCGAACCGCCUGGAGAACGAGAACUUCACCCAUGUGUUCUCUAGUGACCUCAGUCGGGCCAAUCAGACAGCUCAGGUCAUCAUGGAAGGCAACAGUGUGUGUCACAGCACCGUCGUCACUGACAAAAGACUACGUGAAAGGAAAUUUGGUACACUAGAGGGAAAGUCUCACAAGGAGCUGAUUGCUGCUGCCAAGAAAGCCAACACUAAUGUGGCUAGCUAUACUCCUCCUGGUGCUGAAACCAACUUACAGAUGCAAGAACGGGCAAUGUCAUUUUUUCGUGAUCUAUGCAAACUUCUUGUGGCCUUCAUGAAUGAGACAGAAGAUACUGAAUAUACCCCAGGAUCCAUCAAACAGCGCCACGGUGGCAGCCUGGGACGCAAUAGUGGCAACAUACGCAAUCGUCUCGUGAGCAGUCGGCGUAGCCAAUCUUUUUGCGGCAUUGCAUCAAUGUCGGAUGCCCCGGAUCUUGACAUUUAUAAUGAUUACCAGUCAUCUGAUCAGAAACGUCGCAAAUAUGAGAAAGACCAUGAUACCAGUGAUGAUCCAGAAGAUAGUCCAUGUCACAAUUCUUCAUCAUCAGUGACAGUAGCGGCAGCAAAUCAUUCUGUGCGAUCUCAAUACACAAAUGGAGGGUUGUGUUCCUCUCAAGACGAGAAUCUCACUGACACUGUGAUAGGCAGGUCCAACUCCAGCAGUUCUUCUGGAUAUUCGAGCCUGCCUGAUGGGACAGAUUUAUCUGACAAAGAUAGCGAGGAUCAAGGUGAGCGAGAGGACCAGUCAGAGACUAAGAAAGCUAGUCAGGAGAACUUAUUUACUCCAAGCAGUUACCUGGAACUUAACUGUGAAUCCUCAGACAAUUUCUCCAAUUCUGAAAAUGAACAACUUUCAGAUUCACCGGCUGAUACUAAGCCAGAUACUGACCAAACAAAUAACUACAGUGUUAGCUCUGAGACCUUUAUCACUGGUCCUUCAGUUGUAAACAGGUCACCAGCCGGAGGCUAUUGUCCAAAUGUGUCCCUAUCUCCACUCCUGGCCCAUCGUCUGUCCAGUGUGUCCAGCAUCAGCUCUGGUCGCAACAGUUCCUUCGAUGAUAUGGAUGGAAUGCCACCCACUGUAGCUGAUGUCCUUAUUGUCAGCCAUGGUGGUUUCAUCAAGGAAAUGAUACGCCAUUUUGUAGAAAACCUGGGAUGCAAGAUUCCUGGGGGUAAAAGUCAUGCACUCAAAGUUUGUGCCAACUGUAGCCUUUCUAAGUUCACCGUCACUGUGCAUAAUGUUAGCGAAUCACCAACUGUCAGUUGUAUCACUAUCAAUGAGAGAGAUCAUCUCCGUGAAGUAGAUGUCACAGAAUUUGAUUUGGCUCUCUAGCAGUUUAAACAUAACUCAUAUCUCAUCAAUAUCUUCAGAUCUUAUUUAUCGCAGGAUUCAUCUGAUUUUUUUAGGCUCCAAAUAGAGUUUGUUCCGAGUUCAAGCUGCAUACAUUUACCAUUUAAUUCUCAUCCUUGAAUACACAGAUUUCUUUUUUUUUUCUGACAAAAAUAUUCUGUUCAAUUUUUAAAUUAAGAUUUUGCAGAAAAUGGUAAUGGUAUUUGGACUGAUCGGUUCUUAUGUAAAUUGUAAUGUUAUAGUGACCUGUUAUUUCACCACCAGUGUAGUGUUUUCUUCUAUUUCUGCAUGGUAGUUGAAUAUAAUUCUUUCAAAUGCAUUCUGUAAUAUUUAGAUAUUUUUGUAUACUUCAAGAUUCGAGACGGAUGUACUCUGUUGGGUAAUUGAUAAACUUGUCCAGUGGAUCCACUAGGACAUAUUACAGACAUUUUACAAUGCUACAUGUUUGCCCCACUUCUGUGGAUGUUGUGUUCUAUCUGGAAAGAUAGCUAACCCAAGAAGAACACAGAAACUCCUUAGGAGAACAGCACAAUUUUUCUUAAAUCAACUUUUGGAAAUUGGAAAUGUUAAAACGAGAUGUAAACAGAUUAUCAUUUGUUCAUAUCUAACAUCCAUAUCCUCAUUUUUUCAUUGUUGAUGAUUUCUUGAAAGUGAGUGAAAAAUCACUUGAUGAAAUUCACAUCCAUCACAUGCACUUCUUUUGCACUAUUUUUCACUACAAGUACAUGUAUGAAUAGGUAAUGUAGUUUGACUACCAGUUGAAUUACAUACACACUUCCCUGUCCCGUCCAGCUGCUUUUAGUUAAUCUGUGGAAUGUAAUCAUUGUAAAUUUUUCAUCAAAAACUGAGUAUUAAUUAUCACUAUUGAAAGAUUAAUAUGGAAUAUACAUAAAUAUCUAGUUAUAACUGAAAUGUGUGUUGUAAAAAUGUUCAGAAGUUUUUUUAAUUAUUUUAGAAAUAUUGUAUUUACAUGUGCAACAUGUUGUAUAAUAUGACAAGUAUGUUUUGAUCAAAGUGUAAAUACAAUAAAUCGAAAUAGCUUUCAUAGUUUUCAUCAUUCAAAAAUGAGUGAGAUAUCUCUGACGUCUUGUUAAUUGGCUGUAUAAUGUACUUUUAGGACUGACAUUAUCUGUCGUUAAUGAUGAUAUCUUCAUCAAAUCAGAAGUUGGAGCUUUUUGCAUUUUAGUAGCAACUAACAUAUGCAUGACUUCCUUUGAAAUAUCAGAAAAAAAGGAUUAAAAGGUUGUAUAUUGUUUUUUUGCAGAAAUUCCUUUGAAAUAUUUGAAAAAAGAUGGCAAUGUUUUCUAAUGUAAGGAGAAACCAUAUUUGAUUUUAAUAUCGAGCUUAUUUUCUACUGUGAAUUUUACAUAUGAUAUUGUUUAAAGUUGCAGGAUAAUGUACUGGCUUUAAGUGACAUUCAUAUCAAAAUUUAUUAAAUAAUAUGCUUAUUUAGACAGUUUUACCUCCACUAUUAGGGCCUUUCUGCAAACGAGCUAAUACACUCUAUUUGCUGUAUAUGUACUUGAAUUAACUUAUUUCUGGUACUUCCAUGGAAAACAUGGUAUUGCAUGACGAUGUGUCUGACAUCUUAUGUAAAAAAAUCUCCAAGAAGGCAUUGAUUUCAAGUGUUCAAUUGAUGUUGAUGGUAUGGUCUACCUGUCCCUCUGGCAUGAGAUUGACAGGUGAAUCAUUCUUUAUCACCCAGGAAGAUUUGAGACAUUUUAAAGCAGGAUACCAUAGUAAAAAUACCUCAGAAAGUGUUUAGUGAGAGUUCAUAUGUCUGCAAAACUUUGUCUGAAGUUGGAAAACUUCUGUUUGGCAAGUUAGUUUGCAUUUUGUUUAUUGAUUUUUUCAAAAAUAAAAUUAUGUAAUUAAAUAGAUCUUUAAUGUCUUCUCAUGGUAUAGUUAGAGUUAUUUCCCUUUGAUGCUGGUAGCUGUUCUUGGAUAAAUGUAUUGCAUCAAGCCUGAGAAUGAUUUACAGGCAUGGUCAAUUACCAGCACCUCAUAGUCAAAUAUUUUUACUAUACCAUGGAAAGGCACGAAAUAUCUGUAUAAUAUUACAUAAGUGAUGAAAUAUUGAAACCUGUGGUAUUUACCGGUCUAUGAUGUCAGAGAAUGGAAUGAAAAGGUGACUCAAUCAAAUAUACAAAUGUUUGUGCUUCUUUUGUUUUUUUUUUUUUUUCAAAUUAUCAUAAUCUUUGAUUAUUGUAAUUUAAAAAGUAAUCUAGAUAUGAACAACAGAGAAUGUUUGGUUUGAUUUCAUUUUGUACAGCUGUUUCCAUGAUAUUCAGUUAAGAAAUUUUAACGAGAAAUUAUGUAUGCAACUAAAGCUGUUGUGCUAGUUUCUUAGUAACUAGCACUCUAGCUCAGAGGUAUUUUCAACAGGUCAGUAUUUUGUUGUAUGUUUCAAUUUAUUCAACUGUGAUGUUUGAAAUAUGAAUGAUAAUUUUAUAUCAGAAUAGAGAAUGAAUGGAUUCACCUUGAUUUCAUUUUUAGUCUUCAAGGAAUUCAAAGUUUCAUUUGGCUGAAAACUUGUUUCUCCUCCAUGUUGUCAGUCUUUCAUCCAUCUAGACGUGAACAUUGACACAGUUCAUUAAUUUCUGAUUUCAUUAAUAAGACACCUUCAUAAGCAGGAUUUUUUUCUUAGUCUUUUUUUGCAUGUCACUUGGCUGUGUGUUGUAUUGCUUAUAAGGGUAAGACUGUGCUAAUUUUUCUCACUAAUAGGUAUAUGAAUUGGACGGAGAAUUUAUUGUUUAAAUGGCAGUUCUAAUGCAUUUAUAUGAUAUAAAUUGUAUUUAAUUUCUGAUGUUCUUUGAAGACAAAAAUGGCAUUUAUUGUAUAUUUUUAUUUAACCUAAUCUUGACGAUGAAUUAGACAUAUAAUCCAUGUGUGGUUUGUGUAUAUGUGUAAGAAGUUUUACAAUAAAUAUUUCAGUAAGUUCUAUUGUAGAAAUAGAUAUAGAUGGGGCAAUGAUAUACUUUUUAGCAUCCCCUCACCAAUAAUUACUGUACUCUUCUCUUCAUUCUGGACCUAGCUACAUAUUAAACCUGGUCGUCCAUAGUUAUGUAAUAUAAAUGGCUCCUUAUUUCUCCCCACCCUAUCAGGGUACAUACAUUUCUGGAAUAACCUUAAGCUACAAUUUUAUAUACAACAUUUUAGAAACAGUCCAGAUGAUUAAAAAUUAUGUACAGCAUAUGGUGUAUUUUUGACAAAGGACAACUUUAUGAUGUAUCUAUUGAAAUCAGAUAUGGAUUUAUGUAGAUUAUAGUGUUACAAAAGUAAACAUAUAUUUGGGACUAAGAAACAUUGAUUUUUUUUUCUUUUUCUUCUUUUUGUUUUUUUUCAUGCAGUUGCGAUUAUUUGUAAAAAUUAACUCAAAAUCCUGUUAUGCUGUACUUUGCUCAUGAGUGCUCAUUAUUGACUCAAUCAAAAACCUUGGCAUCCAGGUUACAUAUAUAUUUGACAGGUGCUUUAAUGUUCUUUUAUGAAUAUGUAUGAAAAUUUUCCCUUCACAAUGCAAUGAAAAAUUCAAUUUUUGAGAUAUUUAGAAAAAAACACCCUCUGGGUUCAUUUCAUUGAAUUUGAAUUAAAACUAUUUGUUUCUUACUGAAAUAAUAAAUUUUGAAUGUGUAGUCGAUGCUUCUAGUACAGUAACUGAUUUUUUUAAUUGCUUUAUUGAAAAUUCCGGAAACAGGCCACCAUUAGUAUUGAUUGAAAAUUCCGGAAACAAGUCACCAUUUGUAUUGAUUGAAAAUUCCCGAAGCAGGCCACCAUUAGUAUUGAUUGAAAAUUCCUGAAGCAGGCCACCAUUAGUAUUGAUUGAAAAUUCUGAAAACAGACCACCAUUUGUAUUGAUUGAAAAUUCCGGAAACAAGUCACCAUUUGUAUUGAUUGAAAAUUCCGGAAACAGGCCACCAUUAGUAUUGAUUAAAAUUCCAGAAACAGGCCACCAUUUGUAUUGAUUGAAAAUUCCGGAAACAAGUCACCAUUGUUAUUGAACUUUUUUUCCAUUGAUUAAAAUGAACACUUUGUUGGUCCAUGUUAAGUUUGAUAAUCAAGACACAAGUAAUGUACAUAGCUGUAAGUCAUGUAUAUACUGAAAUCAGCUAUAAAUGUGAUACGAACAAAAAAUUUACUGCAAAUUAUGAAAAUAAGAGAUAUAUAUAGAUAAAUUAUGCUUAUUUCUGAAAUGUGUACUCAAAUUCAUUUACAUAGUAACAUGUUUACUCUAUUCAUGGCAAGAGGUUCCUCGAUUUCAUCCUGAAAGGGAGAUAAAUCCUUUUAUUCUUGAUAAACAAUGAUUAAUUCAUUGCUCUGAAGUUUGCAGACAGAAAUCAUUCUGAUGUAAUUUGAAUAAUAGUGAUAUUGGUUUGCCAAUACACUUCACCUGUGAGAAUUUUAUUGUGAUAUAACACAAAUUUGUCACUGUUUGUGAUAUUGUAAUAGGUUUUGUUCAUGAGAGGAGGUUGUUUUUUCUGUUUUGGUUGAUUAACUCAUGUGUUCAUCACUAAAUAAGUGCAAGUCUUUUGAGCGAUGUUAUCUUUAAUGUGUGUUGCUUAAGAUAGAUCAUAACUUGUGAUAUAUAAAGAAAUAUCCCUUACAUACAUAAUUAUUACACUUGUGUCAUAGAGUAAUGUAUCUGUAUUUAUAUAGAUUUGCAGUUAUUUACUGUAGAAAAUUGUGGUAUUUGAUAUGAAAGUUUUAACUUUUUGUCUGCAUACAAUUUUUAAACGAUGGAACAGUAACCUUAUAAAGAGUACCUUUAGUAAUAUAUAGUGUAGGGAUUACCUCCCCUUGUUCUUUAUCGACCUUUCAUCCGUGCUCUAAUACAGAUGAACAGUUUAUCCAACACAUGCAUAGAUUUAGUUCACUUCUUUUUUUCAUUUUAUAAGUGCGUCAUUUUUCUACUUAAAAUGUUAUAAAAUUCAAAUGAGAUUUUAAAAAUUAUUCAUAUUCAUAAAGUUUCAUAUUUAUUCACAGUAGAAAACUGUUCAGAUGUGAAUAACGGAUUCUAAUAAAACGGGUUUCUACUUCUUUGCGGUAUCGGUAUUUUAGACAUAUCUCUCUGUGUUAACUAGCCACCAGUCCAGUUGUACUGUGCCUUUACCUUGCAUGUAUAGACAAAUCUCGGUAAGGAACAUCUCUGUUGCUGGUUUUGGCUGAUUCUUUGUUACUGUACAUCACUUAUUUUUUGUGAUAUGUAUAUUUUAGAGAAUUCCGUUUGAGAGUUUACUGUCCAGGAAGUAAUUAUCUCACAAAUAUUUUAUCAUAAUCCUUUUAUCACAUAUGUCCAUGUUUUAUAAUCAUCUACUUCUUGAGGUCAUAAAUUUUAAACUAUUUCAUUGAAAUUAUGGUGUUUUUUCAUUUGUGAGAGAGGACAUUUCCAAAAAUUAAAGGAUUUACAGUUUUAUACAUCAUCUACAAAGGGUAAGGAGCUUGUUUAAGUUAAACAUCAUACCAUGUGGUAGAUAUAGGUACCAUCUUAUGACUUGCUCGAGUUUCCUUCGCCUUCGUUCAGCCAAACGGUUAAAACAGCCCAUUUCCACAGAUUUUUUGAUGAAUUCCAUAUCUUUGUUGGGGCUUAUUUUUGAAUAAGAUAAGCUUACGUCUUUUUUUAUCGAAGAGAUGAAUAUGAUAAUUAUAUCAAACUAUAUACACAGUAACCCAUGUACGUACGAUGACUUUAUAUAUUGUCAUUUCUUGAGCCAUUUUUCUUGUAUCAAAGGUGGUCUAAGUCCAGAAUUAGAUAUUGUUUACAAUAAAUAUAUUUAAAAACUAAGGUAA